CAACAAAUCAUGGAACAACCAUUAAUAGUCCAAGCCGAGUACUCCUUCAAGGGGGGCAACAAUGAUGAAUUGUGCUUUAAGAAAGGUGAUCUAAUCACUGUGACACAGCGUGAAGAGGGUGGCUGGUGGGAGGGUACACUAAACGAUAAGACUGGCUGGUUUCCCAGCAAUUAUGUUAUGGAAUACAAGGCACCAUUGCCCAUUACCGAUUCGAUUCGGCCACCCGAGGAGAUACAAGAAUAUCGAUCGGUAGUACUCAAAGAUUUGCUCGAUUCGGAGCGGGCGCAUGUGGCUGAGGUCCAAGGACUGUUGGAGAAUUUUUUGGAACCACUACAGCAAACACAAAUUUUGAAUACCGAUGAAUACGCUCAAUUAAUGUGCAAUUUUGUUGAGGUUGUCAAGACCCACGAAGAGCUGCUGACACAAAUGGAAGAGUGCAAUGAUCGUGUGGGCAAACUAUUUCUAAAUAAGGCACCACUGAUGAAACAAGUUCAUCAGGCCUAUUGUGCUGCACAUCCCAAAGCUAUUGUUAUAUUAGAUAAAUACAAAGAUGAACUGGAAAAAUACAUGGAACAGCAGGGAGCUGCAAAACCUGGCCUUUUAGUCCUCACAACGGGUCUGUCCAAACCAUUUCGCCGUCUGGAUAAAUACUCAGCCAUGUUGCAAGAAUUGGAACGACACAUGGAAAGCAGUCAUCCUGAUCGAGGGGAUACACAACGAAGUGUAGCGGUUUAUAAGGAUAUUGCGGCCACCUGUUCCGCCACCCGCAGACAAAAAGAACUUGAACUACAAGUCUUAACGGGUCCUGUACGUGGUUGGCAAGGCCAGGAACUCAGUUCAUUGGGUGAAAUAAUUCACAUGGGCAGUGUGGCAGUGGGUUUGGAUCAUCGCGAUCGUUAUUUUGUAUUAUUUCCACAGACAUUACUCAUAUUGAGUGUUAGCCAGCGAAUGAGUGCUUUUAUUUAUGAGGGUAAAUUACCCUUAACGGGUAUUGUGGUUAAUCGCCUGGAAGAUUCCGAUACCUUUAAGAAUGCCUUUGAAAUCAAUAGUCCUUUGAUUGAGAGGAUUAUUGCCGUUUGCCAGGGACCCAAUGAGGCCAAUAAAUGGGUCGAGUUGUUAACCUCAACCAAUGCCAGUUUACCAAUUGGCAUUAAACGUCAACAUAGUAAUUUAAGUAUAGGAGGCGGUGGCGGAGGAGGUGGUGGCGGAGGCCACAUUUCAACACCACCCAGUCAUAUGUCCCCACCGGCAAAUCUCGGUCUGCUCAGUCAACGAAUAAAUCAACAACAGCAGCAGCAACAACAACAAACGAUCAACAACAUCGGACAAUCAACAACAGCAGCACAAGCAACGAACAAUUCAGCCACAAUCAAUCGACUGGAGAACAAUCAUCAACAGCAGCAGCAGGCAGCAGCAACGUCACAACACAAACGGAGCCUUUCGUUCAAUCAUCAUCUCAGCUACAAUCAAUACACACACACUCAGCAUCCACCACCUCAUCAAAUGCAUCAUCAUCCUCAACAACAACAACAGCCACCAAGUCUACCAAGUCAUCCAGUGGCAGUGCCAAACCACAAAUCAAAUUUAGUCCAGACAUCGAACAGUAUUUCGAAGACACAAAUGCCGGUGCAUCAUACGGGAAACACCAUGGCGGGAGCAGCAGUGGCGGCGGGGGGAAACGCAAGGACAGGAAACACAAAAGCUAAUUGGAAUAUUACAAAUAUGCGCCCAGCACCACCAUUACGCCCUAGCAUUUUAAAUACCAGCACAACCGGCGGUAAUAGUAGUGGUGGUGGCAGCGGUGCCGGUGGUAGUAUUGGUUCCAAUCUAUCCAAUUAUUGUAAUGGUCGUAAAAAUCAAC